AUGGCGUCGAAAAGACCAAAAGUCGACUUCUCUCCAGAAGCUAUUUUGAGGGAAAUUCGCAAGGGCAAAGAGCUUUUUAACUCGAUAAAUAGUUUGAAAAGUAAUCUGAGUGUAAAGAAAGUUUCAGAAUUACUAAGAUUGCGAUGUAAGGAAAACGAUAUUGAUGCGGCUAGUUUGCUAUCGUUGAUGUUCGGCUUCGACAUGGUAUCGUGGGUGAUGGCCACCAUACAACAUGUGCCUCGCGUAUUUUCUAGGCGCAAGAACAGCUGCGCAAAGAUUAUUUUCGAGAUUGCAAACAAAUUAUGCCAAGAAAAGCACCUUUCAUUGCCUGUGGUGGAUGAAAUGGUGAAAUAUAUUGAAGAAUUUGUUCCGGAGUUAAAUGUUUUAGAAACGCAACAAACUCGCUUUGAAGACGCACUAAGCAGCUUGAAUGGGAAGGACGGCGUGAAUUACGGUGGUUUCAUCGCUCCUCCCGUAGAAGAUUGUAUGCUACGUGGUACUGUGUUAACUUCUCCAAACGCAUUAAGCAGCUGUACAUUGUAUACAGUGAAUGGUCCAAAGCCUUGCACCAACCUUAGCCUCAGAUGUCAAGGGUGUAAAGUUUCCUAUGGUCGCUCGAUGACACACUACAGCAGUGGAAAUGCUUCUUACUACCCUAAGGAAAUUAUCAGAAAGGAUAAUUUGGUAGAAGUUACCAAUGUAGUUUAUAUGGAGAAAAAGCUGUACAGAUGGAUACCCUCGCUUAUGUAAGUAUAUUUACAAAAAAAUGGAAACUUGGACAACUACUGUAUGCUACAGCUGUAUUUUAAAUAUAUAUUGCAUCAUUUGUUUUCAUAGAAACCAUUGUUUUGUAUCAUUCGAGGACUUUUCUAUCUCAUACAAUGAGGUGUAUUGUGAGGAAAUCAAAAAUAAUUUUAAAUCAGGUAGGUUUAUAAUGGAUACUGGUUAAUAACAAUAUGAAUUGCUAUAUAAGGUAUAGACUAUAGUGUAACCCUGCAAUCAAAGGUCUUUUACCAACAGGCUGUAAAAAUCUGGUACAGUAAUCUUUUUCACUGGUGGAAUCAACUAUAUUAGCUUUUGUCUACUGCAUGGGAUAUAGGUUGUGUUAAUAUAAAUUAUAGCAGGGAUAUGAUAUUAAACUGUAUUGAAUAUUUUGAAACCCAGGUGCAAAAAAUUAUGGAAAAAAUUUCAAAUGUGAUUUGAGGUGUCAAGUGUGUUCAAUGUUUAUCAAAUGCAAUCACAUGUUCUAUUUAAGCUUGCGAUGCCUUGGAAGCUGGUAAAAAAAGCUCACAGAACCAGAUCGCUGGAUUUUCAAAUGGUAAUGUAUUUUAGGUUCUUUGUGUUUUAUGAAAUUCAUUAGUUUAUUUAGUUACACAGUUACAUUUAAUAUUUUAAUUCAUGUACCUGGUAAAUAUACCAGCACUCACUAAGACAUAAUCUUGUGGUAUAAAUUAUUUUAUUCUCUUAAACCCCGAUUGAGCUGCAAUGUGCCUACUUGCAUCAUUUUCAGACUUUAUCAAUGUUGAUGUUUUAAUGGAUGAUGGGACACCUGAUGUUGAUGUUCCUAUGAUUUGUGACAGUGCUGAUGAUAUAAUUUCAGGUAUAAACAUUGCGAGUUAA